AUGCAAAAAUAUCGAUUAGAAAUGAUUAAAAAUCAUAAAGAUUUAUGGGAAAUUAUAACAGAUAAAGCACUACCUGGUCAAGCUUACCUCUAUCUCAUUAAUGAUUAUCAUGGAAAACAAAAAUAUCGAAUAGAUCCAAUUAGUUUUUCCGUAGUUUCUAAUCAAAUAACUCGACAAGUUCAAUCAGUUGUUCAUGAUGACAAUGUUAACAUUUGGAAUGAUCAAAACUGGAUGCAAAAACGUGCUCAAUGCAAUCCAUUAAAAUUACCUCUAUCAACUUAUGAAAUUCAACCAAAAUCAUGGAAAAAAAUGGGAUUUACACAUGUUGAAAUGUAUAGCAUAUUAGAACAUACAGAUCGAUGGGAAUAUGGUUAUCAAGUAUCAAAUUAUUUUGCUCCAUCUCGUUUUAAUGUUCAAUGUGAUGAUUUAAAAUAUUUAAUUGAUAAUUUACAUCAAAAUAAUAUUGGUGUUAUACCUGAUUGGGUUCCAACACAUUUUAAAUAUUAUCAUUUUUUUUCAUCAAUAUUCAACAUCAUUACAUGA